AUGACUCGCCACGGAAAGAACAACACCGCCUCGAGCGUCUAUACCUAUCAUGAACGGCAGCGUGAUACGAAGCACAGCGGCUACGGGACACAGCGCCAGCGUCUGGGCAAGGAUUCAGUCAAGGACUUUAACGCCUGCAAUCUGACGCUACAGGCGUGCCGCAUACCGGUCAUCACACCUGAGGGCUACCUGUACGACAAGGAGGCGGUGUUGACGUACAUCGUCAACCAGAAGGCGGAGAUCGCCCGGAAGCUGAAGCAGUACGAGAAGGACCGCCUGAAGGAGGAGCGGGAGUUGGCCGAGCUGGCCGCCAAGGAGUUCAACGACAAGAAGGCCCGAUUCAUGGCGCAGGAGAUGACUGUGAUGAACAGCGGCGGCAGCAGCAGCAGUUCAGGCGCCUCCGGUUCCUCUUCUCUAAGCUCAGUCUCCAACAUGAGCAGCGAUCGCGGCAAGCAGCUGCCCAGCUUCUGGAUCCCCGAUCUGACGCCCUCGACGGCGAAGGAGCGCCUGAAGAAGCCCUCCACCGUGGUCACCUGUCCGAUGAGCGGCAGUCCGCUGAAGGCGAACCGCCUCAUUGCCGUCACCUUCUCCCCGGUGGACGCCUCCGUCGACGUGACCAAGAACCCCACCGGCACCGCCUACAAGUGCGCCGUCACGCAUGACACGCUCACCAACUCGAGCAAGUGCGUCGUCCUCAGAACGUCAGGCGCCGUCGUCACCGAGGAGGCCGUGGAGAAGAUCAUCCGUAAGGACAUGCUCGACCCGGUGAAUGGGAAGCCACUGAAGGAGGCGGACCUCAUUCCGCUGCAGCGCGGCGGCACCGGCUACUCGAGCGCCAACGAGCUGGUGGCCAAGGUGGCCAAGCCCGUCAUGAUGGCCUAG